UAGCGACUGAAUCUUUCUUAGUGUUCUCGAUACGAUUCAAACAGGCACACACAAUGGAAUAUUUGAGUUUCGAUUCAUCGACUAAGUCGCUUACUUUAAAAAAGCAAAAUGUUCUUCCUAAACCGGCGGCAAAUGAAGUACGAAUCAAAGUCGUGUAUUCUGGAGUCUGUGGGACGGAUCUUCAUAUUUUGGAAGGUGCCUUUCCGUGUAAGGAGACUGAACCCUUAACACUUGGGCAUGAAUUCGUAGGUACGAUUGACGAGCUUGGAUCGGGAGUGACUAUAUUUAAGGUUGGUCAACGGGUCGCCAUCGAUCCUAACAGCGGAUGCAAUAAUUGCAAUCACUGUCACAAUGCAAAUUAUCAUUUUUGUAAAGGCGGAGGUAUAAAUAAUACGAUAGGAAUUUUUAGAGAUGGAGGAUGGGCUACGCACGUGCUUGUUCCAGAAACGCAGGUUUAUUUGAUCCCAAAUGAGAUUGAAAUGCAUCAAGCAGUGCUGACCGAGCCAUUGUCGUGUCUUGCUCACGGCUGGGACAAGCUUAAUCCCGUAAAUAUAGGAGAGAAAGUUCUCGUAAUAGGUGCCGGUAUCAUAGGUUUACUAUGGGCCUGUCUACUUCAUUUACAUGGUCUCAGGAAGACUGUCACUAUCAGUGAACUGCAACAAGAACGAAGGAAACUCGCCGCCAAUCUUGGUCUAGAUUACCAAGUUAAAAGUCCAAACGAAAUAAAAGAAGAGUUUAAUGUAGCCGUGGACUGCAGCGGCUCUGCUCCAGCCAUGGAAGCGGCUAUUUCAUUAUUAGGUCAUGGUGGUCGCUUGUGUGUAUUCGGUGUCGCUAAUCCGAAAGCGAAGCUAUCAAUUGAACCAUUUCAGGUUUAUAAGAAAGAGUUGACUAUCCUAGGCGUACUUGUGAAUCCAUAUUCUUUUCUUAAGGGAUUAGCCUUAGUGCAGCCAUUGUCUGAAAGAUAUCUCGAUUUCAAUAAGUUGGGAAUUAAGGUAUUUGCUUUAUCCCAAUAUAAAGAAGCUCUGGAUGCGUUAAAGAAGGGAAACAUAAGCAAGGCUAUUUUCAAAUUGUAAAACGAGAUUUUUCUGUUGGAAAAAAAUAAGGGAUUAUUUUUCUCUAAAGUUUUAUUACUCAUUUCAUAUACAAAUUAGGCUGAAUAUUUAAAUGCAUGAAUAUUGAAUAAUAAACUGCAAUGUCUUAGUAUGCUCGCAAAUGAGUAUCUGUAUAAAACCUUAUUGAUAUUAAAGCUAUGAUAUAUUUGACACUA